AUGGAUUAAAUAAUGAAUGAAUCGUUUUUUGAUAUGCAUAAUUAUUCAUUAUUUGACGAGAUAUUAGAAAAUAGAAUAGGCCAAGGCAAAGCCUAAUAUUUAAUAUCAAGUUGCUUUUAUUUUGCCUAACUUUAUGAAGGUGCAGAAGCCGUAGUAGUAUCAUUUGUCCUUCCAAUAAUAAAAUAUUAAUGGGAUUUAUCCGACGCAUAAGUAUAAACAGCUUAUUCUAUAAUAUUUUUCGGUUGGUGUUUUGGAUCUUUAGCCUGUGGUAAAAUGUCCGAUGUAUAUGGCCGCCGCAAAACUAUGAUUUGGGCCUGUUGUUUAUAAUUUAUAACCGGAUUUUUAUCCGCAUUUAGCCAAGAUUAUAUCUAAUUUAUAAUCCUUAGAUGUUUAUUUGGUUUUUCGAACGGCCUAGUAUGUCCUUUAACCUCUUGUUACUCAACCGAAAUCGUUCCAUAAAGCAAGCGCGCUAAAUUCUUCGUUCAUCUAAGCAACGUGUUUACCCUCGGCGAGAUUCUAGUAAUCUUCCUCGCUAUGAUUUUACUAAAAAACUUUAACGAAGGUAACUGGCGUACACUUCUUUUCCUAAGUAGCAUCCCAGCUUUAAUAUCUCUAUUAUUAGGAUUAAAAUACCUAAUAGAAUCACCAAGAUAUUAACUAUGUUGUACCCUACAAAAUCUAUCCCGAGUUUUCAUAAAUCUAAACUAUAUGGGAAAAAUAAACCACAAUCAAGGCUUUUAACCACUCACUGAUCAUGAAAAGCAGUAAUUAUUAAUCUGGAGUGAGGCUUCAUAUUAAAGGCAAAAGCAUAAAAUAGGUAGUAUUAAGCAGCUUUUCAAAAAAGAGUAUUAAAAUCUAACAUUUAAACUAAUAGUUAUGUGGUUUAGUUUAAGUUUUGUGUAUUAUGGCAUUACAAUGACUUUUCCUUUUAUUAUUAUGAAUAUUAGAAACAAAAAUAUGUCUGAAGAUGAUUUCGAAUACGAAAAUAAAUAAUUUGAUUUCAUGGGUAUUUUCCUAUGUUGCUUUGCAGAAUUACCGUCUAAUAUUUUAGUUUAUUUUACUAUAGAUAAGCCUGCUUUUGGAAGGAAAAAUAGUAUGAUUUAUGGUUAUUUUGUAUGCACUAUAGUCUGUUUUUAUAUAUAUAUAUUUGAAAAAAAUAUAAAUUUCAUGUACUUCUUUUUAGUUGGAAUAGUUAAGUUUAGUAUUAAUUAUAAUUUCUGUACUAUAUAUCCUUUCACAUCUGAAGUAUAUGAGACUGCAGUAAGGACAACUGGCUUAGGCUUGAAUAGUGGAAUGAGUAGAUUUGGAGGUAUUCUUAUGCCUUGGAUUUCCUUUGAGUUUUUUAUUUUUGGAGAAAAUGGACCAUUUUUAGCAUUCGGAAUUGUGAGUGCAAUUAGUGCUAUAGCCGCUUUUACAAUAAAUCAUGACACUAGGAAUAUAAUUUUAGAUCAAUAUCAUAAGGAGUAAAAAAAAAAUGAAAUUUAACUUUAGGAUAUUAUUAAAGCUUGA